AAAAGGAUUUGUUUUUCUUUUCAUCACCAUAAGAAAACUUUUAUCUUAUUAGAAUAAAGCUUCAUAAUUGAAUUUUAUGUUGUACUAAUUAUAAGUUUUAUAUGUGUUACCAUUAAAUUGUGUGGAAAGUCGACUAGGAAUCUAGAAUUAAUGAGAAACACAAGAGACAACAAAGGAGAAAUGUUUUUCACUCAUCCAAUAAUCUAAAGAUUUUUUUCACAUUGACAUUUUACAUGCUGAACCUAAUAGGAUUGUGGAUAUAAAGUUACAAAACUAUGACACAAAAGAAGAUAUAAAUAGAAUCAUUAAUAAUCUUUAUACGUUUAAAGCUGAUUUAUGUGUCUAAUGAAAUAUAAUCGAUAAAGUUGGAAAACAUAAAAGAGCAGCAUAACCAUUUCUCAAUCGUUAAAAAUUGCAUAAUAAAUAAUUCAUUCAGUAAAGCUCCAUUCUUAUUAUUAAUGAAAUUUAAUAAGGAAAGUUAUUCAUUUGACUAAGCACCUGCAUAGAUGAACGUUCUUCAGUAAAGUGCUAAACGUUGACGUGUGAAGGAAGGGAAAGAAACAAUAUUUUUUUAAAAAAUGGGAAAUUCUGUUUUUCGCUCAGGUGGUUUACUGCUUUCCGUAAAUCGUGAUAAUGCAAAACUUACAGAAUCGACAGCAUCUAAAAUCGAAACAAUAUUCGAUGUUCUCCGUGCUAAUCCAAAGAUAUCAAUUCAACGCUUAGAAGCAUUAUUAUUGCAAAUACCAAAGCAUGAAAACAUUUUAAAUGCGCAUGACAAUCUCGGUUACAAUUUAUUACAAAAAAGUGUUGGAUUAAAUCACAUAGAUUUAGUGAAAUGGAUUUUACCUAAACCACAUACGGACCUUAAUCGAUUUCCCUGUUCACUGCCAUUGCAUAUAGCUUGUCUUAAAGGACAUGAAGAAUGCGUUGAAUUACUGUUAAGGCAUGGUGCAAGACUCGAUACUGAAGCUCGAAUGUGUUUUCCCGGACCACAUUCACAUAAUUGCGAAGAGAUGGGAAAGUAUAAAGGAGAUCCUGAUAAUGUGAGUGUUUGUGAACGUCCAAAUACAAAGUUACAGAACUGUAUAGGCUAUGCAAUUGAUGGUGAUCAUGUUAAUGUGCUAAAUAUUUUAUCACAAAAAAUGGAAGAGCCGUGGGUUUUAUUUCGAGGUAGGAAGCCAUUAUUGCAUUUAGCAUGCGAAAAAGGAGCUUGGAGAUGUGUUCAACAUUUAGUUACAACACGUUCAGAUGAAAUAAAUUUGCUUAAAGAUGAAUACUAUCCAAUACAUCAAGCAGUGCUACAUGAUAGAAAAUUUCUUGAACUUUUAAUUCAAUACGAAGCUAUCACAACGGUUCGAACGUCAACUCAACAAAUGACUUUGUUGCAUGUGGUUAUAUUAACGGCACGUAAAAAUGCCGAGGAUACGCUUAAUACGUUAAAAAUAUUAUUAGAGCAUGGAUGUAAGGAGUUGAUAAAUGCACCCGAUUAUUUGGGUACAACUCCAUUGAAUGCAGUGAUAGUUCGAUAUGCAUUAGAAGAAGCACGAUAUGGAUAUGAUAAAUGGAGUAAAUAUGAAGUUUUGAAUUUAGUAAGAUUUUUACUGCAAAAUGGUGCACGUCAAUCAAUUAAUCAGGCAAUAGGCAACAGUGCAUUAGCAUGUGUCUUUCGUCAUAUUCGUGACUGGGAGGUAUGUUAUGAGCUUGUUAAUAUGCUUUUAAAAGAAGAACCCAAUGCUGAUCCAAAUAUGGUCGGGCGAGAUGGAAGUACUCCUUUAAUGGUGUGUCUUGUGCCAUUAAUUAAUAAAGAUCCACUACAUUCAUUUACUCAUUCUAUGAAGGUCUUCUAUCUCAACUGUAUUCGAUUGCUUUUGCAACAUGGAGCCGAGACAAAUUGCUCAUAUAGAUCUAAUUUGACACCUCUACAUAUUCUGAUUUUUAGUGUUAGUGAAAAUUUUACUGUCAGCGUAAAUUGUGAUAUUCAAAAGCGUGCAAAUUUCGAUUUUAUUAAGAAUAUUCUAAUUCUAUUACUUCAACAUGGACUGGACACGCAAAAGGCUGUUCAUCCUCAACAUAUUCUUCAAUCUAUUAUGGAUAUGGUUCAAAAUGUUCGUCGCUGUUCGGAUGUUCUAUGUAUUUAUGAAUUAUCAUUACUCAUCCUUCAAUAUGGUGGAAACAUAAACAUAACAUUAAACAAUAAAACGCCUGGAAGCAUUAUUAAUGAAGCAUUAUCAUUUGAUAGCGGGAAUCAAAUUCGGCAUCUACAAGUAGCUUCAUGUAAUGAGAACGGAAAUGAAGGGUUGCGAAACUCGUUUAGAAAUAAUGGACGGAACUUUAUCCUUUUCUACUUUAUUGUGUUAAUCAUGCGGAAGGAAUUUAUCCUAACUGAUCCUGAUAAGCAUUAUUUAAAAAUAAUUAAUCUUUUUUAUGCAACUAUGCGUCAUGAUAUUCUAUAUUCAUGUCUUAAGAGUCUCCAUAAUCUAUUCAUUGUUCAAGUACCAACAAAAUCUACCGAAUUUCUAAUCAACUAUAUUGAAAGUCUAUACAGGAAACCUCGAAGCUUAAAAGAGUUAUGUCGAGUGACCAUUUAUGAAAGUCUUAACUAUAAAUUAGCACAAAAUAUUAAUCGCUUAAAUAUGCCAAUUCCCAUUAAAGAUUACGUUCUCAAUUUUGAGUAAUGAAUUAUUGCAUUUUAAUUUAAUUAUUCAUGCAUUUAUCUGACCUUUUACCUGUUAAUAUUUUACUUAUUACUUAUUUUGUUGCUCAGACAGUAAUUUACUUCCGUCUCUUUUAGCAAUUAUUUUGACGAUAUUGUGCAAAUAAUCAAUGUUACAGAUAUAUCUGAAAACUAAAAUUGAACAAAAAAAAUGAUUGAGCAUAACAAAGAAAAUAAUCUAAAUUAUCCUUACAUUACAUACAUACAUACAUACCUACAAAAAUGAAACGAAGAAAUGCAAAAAUAAAAGUGUAUUUAUAUUGAAUUUAAAAACAUUAAUUAUUAUAAAAGAAUUCUCAAUAUUAUGAACUUAUCAAAUGAAUUUGAUGGAAUGUUACAAAAAGAU